UCCUUAUAUUUUAUUAAAAAAGUUGUUAUAUAUGAAGUACUCCACUUCUUCCUCCUGCAUAACGUUACUUAUGGAUGUUUCUCAAAAUAAGAAAUCUUUACCAAUAUCAAGAGGAAAAAUAAUUAGAGAAAAAACUCUUAAAGAAAAGCAAGAGAAAAACUACUUCUUUCAAUCAUCUGAAAAUAUUUUUCAAACAACCCACUUCUUUAAUAAUAAAAGUAAAAAAAUAUAUGGUGCGGAGGCUUAUACCGAAAUGGUUCAAUUUUAG